GAACUUGGUAAUCACCGCGGCCGGCGGUGACUUCGGCACGGCACGGAUCAUCCAGGAACUCCGGUCACAGUUCCCCGAUGCCGAGCUGAAAAAGCGGGACGCUUCCAGGAAGCAUCAACAAAGCUAUUUGGGCUCCAUCGCGGAAGAAGAGGCCUCGGAUGAGGACGAAGGCCAAGGCGAGAUGAGUUUCGUGGCGGAAGAGGAGCUCACGCCGGAGGGCAUGGCUCUCUGGUCCGAGGCCAGUGGAGAGGCGGAGUCCGCCUUGGCGGCACUCCACCAAGCACGGCGGACCCUUCGCGACGCUCGACAACGACAACACAACGUGAAGAUGAACAGGCAGUACUUCCGGUCCUCGCGAGGACCACGGGACGAUAGCCAGAUGACCUGCCUGGCGUGUGGAAAGAAGGGACACCGGAUGAGCGCGUGCCCACAGGGCGCGGCGCCGAACAAGCCGCGGGAUAAGGAAUCAGCCCCCUUCGUUUGCUUCGCCGGGGAAACCGAGAAGGCAGGGACCGUGGAGGCCGCUUUGGGGACCGGGAUUCCUACUAGUGUGGCCAUGCACCAAGGAAAAUGCGUGGUAGACUCCGGAGCCACCAAGUCGAUUGGCUCAGCUGCAGUGAAUGGUGAAGACACCGUUUACUUUGUCCGCUACCAGUGGAGCGAGAUAAUGCACGGAGUGGCAGAUGCAAGGGACCCAGAGGGCUGCGCUUCUAAGGUCACUGGUUGCGUUAUCUCCGACUCAAGAAAUGUGUACGACAAGUUGAGUGUUGAAGUGGUGAGUAUUAAGGGGGCCGAGAAGCGGGCAAAUCUGGAGCUCCUCAGCCUGAAAGAAUCUCAGCAGCGAACGGGAUUCUUGGUCAGAUGGGUUCACUCCGAG